UCAGUAUGUUAGAUCCGCUCGGCUUACGAGCACCGUGGGUUCCUGUGGGAGUAUUACUGUCUGUCAGGGGUGUAACUGGGCUCUUUCUCAACGCUGUCGGGGAGUUUGCUGAGAGGCGGAGCUGAGGUGGCAGAGGUUAUACAUGCAAACGUGUUUUUUUAACAAGCGCCCUCAAUGUUUAGUCAUUAUAGAAAGAACCACAGCAGUUUGAAAAACAAGCUUCUUGAGGUGACAGACGGUGUUCAUGUCUGUCGUUUCCUCAGGAGGAUUGCGCUCCGACCACGGAGUUUUCGCUUCUGUUAACAGAAACCAGAUUCAACGAUCAGUGGAGAAACUACGGCUUCGCGAGGCCACCAAAUGAUGGCUUUUAUUUUGCGAACUAUUCCUGCUCUAAAUGCGUUUUAGACGUUUAAAAUGCGUUUCGGCACCGCGCUCGCUUUUGUUGCCGCCGUGGUGUCUCCACUGCUGCUGGACUGCGCCACAACAUGUCAGAUGAGGAAUCAAAAUGGUUUUGUUAAAAGAGACUGCCCUGUGAAACUGACCCCAGUUCCAAUUCAGGACUCUAAGAGCCAUUACUCUGAAUGUGUCACAGUCCAUGUGUGGAUAAAGUCUGAAGAUGUCUCUAAAUGCCCAAAGAUUGAAAUUCUCUCAUCAUCAGAAGUAUUUAGGCCUACCUUCAAAACAAGAAACAAAAAUAGACAAACAGAAAGAAAAAGAACGUGCUACAAUGAAACAAAACAAUAUGAAAAACAAGUCAAGUGUGGCACAAAGCAGUACAGCAAUGCCAGUUCUGCUGUGUGGGAGCUGGUUCAUGAUUGUAUUGAGGCUAAAGCAAAAACAGUUGUUUCUGUGACCUACAGCACGACAUCCUCCAGCUGCCGUGUCACUUACACGGUGCCAGAUCCCAUACCAAGAUUUGAUCUGUCUGUGAACCAGUCUACUAAAUCCAUCUCUGUCACCGUGGAGCCUGGAGACAAAGUCUACACCAGAUGGUGUUACAAAAAAACUGCAGGAUUCUGCAAGGCAACUUUCCCCAACAGAAUUACUAUUGAUCCAUCUCAGUCUCGAUCAGCUGUUCUUAACAUCCCUUACUUGCUGCCCUGUGUGUGUGUGCAGGCGUAUUACACCCGUGAAGAUUCCAAGCGACAUGAAAAAUGCCUGUUUGAAAACGACACCCUUACAGAUUUCAGCGAUGUUUGGCCCUCCUCUGAUGUCGAACUGUUUGAGUCAUAUUUGAUGUUGAGUUUGGAGUGUCCUGCCAGUGACCUGAAGAUCUCUGCCUCCCUCUGCUGGAGGCUGAACGAACACCUCUGCAUACCUGUGCUCAACACCACGUUGGAGAGGACGGAGUUUGUAACCGAAGCGCGGUAUUACACAUCAGGAGUGGACAAACACCCUCAGAUGUGUGUACAGUUUUCUCUACAAGGCAGCCAUAAUAUCUCUUGCCGAUUCCAGCCUGAUAUGUCUUCAUGGGAGGUGUAUAUCGAACCUGGCAAGCAGAGUGUGUUUUUGCAUUUCACCUCUGUUGUUCCUGCAAAGUUCUCAGCUCAGCUCUGUGUCCUUAAUAAGAGCGAAUGUACACUCAUUGGGCAGGUCCAUUCAGUGACAAUGUCAGGAAAUACGACUAUCAUGAGGAUGAAUGUGCCUCUUCACUCUCUUGCUGAGAAGCCGUGCGUGAAGGUGUGGCAGUCAGAUCCUGCUCUUCUUGGUGGAAGAAUUCUGUGCCCAGACUACACGCACAACCGAUGUGGCAUGUAUGCUGUGGCAGCUUUAAUAUUUGUGGUUAUUGUUGCUUUACUGGGAGUUUUCAUUCACCGUCUCACCAGGAGUGGAGCUACAGGUUGGCUCUGUAUCCAGGAGCCAGUGUUGCUGGUGGGCUCAUCAGAGCAGUCAGCUCAUGUCUCUGCCAUGUGUGCAUUAGCCUCAAUCCUGCAGGGAGAGCUAAAUGCUGUAGUGCACAUGGCUUUGUGGGCCCAAAGCUCACAAACACAGACUGGGACUGGAGUGGCAGACCUGGGUCCACUUCCCUGGCUGUACGGGCAGUGGGAAACAGUGCGUAAGGCACAAGGAAAAGUGCUGAUUGUUUGGAGUCCCGAAGCUAACAGGGUCUAUGAAAAGCAGAGGGAGGAGAGGGCAAGCAGUGAUAAGACUGAGAGACAAGUGGAAGAUUAUAACAAAGCAGAGGUGAGACAUGAAAAAAUGAGAGUAGAGAUGGAAGAAGAUAUGAACCUAAAUGGACGAAAAGUGGGUAAAUGCAAAAAACAGAAAGCUUCAAGGACAAGAGAUAGUUUUAAAUUAUAUGAUGAUAAAAAUUGGCAUGCCCAUAGAGAGCCCUCCACAGUAAUAGCACCAGUGUUUACAGCUGCUCUGGCUUGCCUAGAGGGGGCGCUGCAGGUGGGCAAAUGUCAAGGAGUGGCCCUUGUUUACUUUCAGGGCCUUUGCCACACUAGGGACAUCCCAAAGGCCUUCAGAGGCAUCCCCCGGUACUGCUUACCAAAGGAUUUCAGUGGUUUGAUACAGGAGCUUGGAGGUAUGAGAAGACAGACAAAAACUGGAAAAUUCUGGUGCCACUGCUGGCCCAGACUCCUGCCUAAAGUGCUGUCAGUAUGGCUUGCACGGCAGCUAUCCCAAAGACUGCAAACACUGCUGCCUCAGACACAAGAGGAGAAAAUGCAAGGGCCGAGUGUCACAUCGUCAGUGAAAAAAACGUCAGAUAAGACUCAGAGCAGGCUCAAGUUGCCACUGGCAGCCAACAUGGCUGGGCCAGGAACUGUACAAGAGCACGAGCCUCUCCACGAGUUGCCAUGGUGAGCAGAGAAACUUUAAUCUCAAGUUUCACGUGUCUGAUGAGGACAGGCUUUUGUUGUGCUGCAAACAUGAUACAUGAGACACGCGAGCUGGUGUAUCAUUGUGAGCACCUCAGGGCCAAUCACUCCGUAUGAACUAUUUUAUACUGGUACCAGCAUGUGACAAAUGCGCUCAUUUGCAUAUUAAAGAUAGGUAAAUACUCCAUCCCGUUUUCAGCAUUUAGUCUCAAAGAGGUUCUUUAUUUUGCUUUCGUGACUGAAGCCAUAGUGAGCACCUGUCUUAUCUACUUUAUGCAAAUAUGCUGACCACUAGUAAAAUCUGUUUGCAAACUAACCUUAUUUUAUGCAUGGUAGCAUUCAAUAUUUGAAAGUGUUGUAACAGGACAGGUGAAAAGGUUUAUGACUGCAGAUCAUCACAGCAUGCAAAUUUUCAUACUGGUUUGCUGAAGCAAAGACGUUACGCCAAAACUGUACCUUGGAAUUUCAGUGUAAGAGUGAAACAGGCAGAAAGAUGAAGUGGCUUGCACUGAUGCAUUCUCAACCAUUCUGCAGAUUAUUCGUGUGAUCAUGUAGUAAUACUAUUGCCUUUAGUACAGGAGCUCCAUUAUUAUUAUGUGCACACAUACUACCUCCUAAAAAGUGUAAAUUCAGUUUUGUUUGUAUUUGCUGCCCUUUAGGUAUGAUGCACUUCUUUAUCCAGCAAACGUGACUGCCCCUUAAGCAAAUAUUAGUUCAACACGGCAUUACAACAUUUUGUAUGAAAGAUAAUGAGAUUUAGGUAUCAUUUUUUAAAUGACUCGUCUUGAUGAAAUGAAAGAAGAAAAAUUUAAUGUUAUGCUUUUAAUAUUAA